AUGGAUUUCAUGUGUUCAAGCUAUACAAAUGGAGCAUUUCCAGCAGUUCUUGCAUUUGGAGAUUCGAUUCUCGAUACUGGUAACAACAAUUUUCGCAUGACAGUGACGAGGGCCAAUUUUUUGCCGUAUGGACGCGAUUUUCCUUACCAUAUGCCUACCGGAAGAUUCGGGAACGGAAAAGUUCUGUCGGAUUUAGUUGCCGAGGGUUUAGGAGUGAAAGAUCUUCUACCACCCUAUCAUAACAUGAUGCUUAAAGGUAGUGAGCUUCCUACUGGCGUUUGUUUUGCGUCUGGUGGUUCAGGAUUAGACAAAUUCACUGCAUCCAUACAGGGGGUUAUCCAUGUACAAGAACAGGUGACAGACUACCAAAAUUACAUACAAAAAUUAAGCCAGCAAGUUGGAGAUGCCGCUCAAGCCAAACAAAUUUUAGCCAAUGCUGUGACUCUAAUUUCUAUUGGAAAUAACGAUAUUUGCCAUCACAUAUUUUGCAACUCCGGCCAAGAAAUUGCAAUACAAUAUCGAAACAUACACCGAUCAGCUCAUAGCUUGGAAAGCUACGUUCAUCCAGGGUGUUUGCCAGGGAGCAGACAAAUGGCGGGAAAUCUGAUAUGUCUUCCGAAUGUAAACUAUGGUGCUAAAAUAUUUAAUCAAAAGUUAAUGAACUUGGUCAGUAAAUUAAGCCAGAGUCACCCCGAUGCAAAAUUCGUCUACAUCGAUAUGUAUAACUCACUUCUUGCUGUCAUCGAUAAUCCUACGCAAUAUGGAUUUACAACUGCAACACCAUGUUGUUGCUCGGUGAUGACUCCGGUUCCAUGCAUGCAUUCGGCUAAUCACGUGUUCUGGGACUUUGCUCAUCCUUCUGAAAAAGCAUACAAAACUGUUGUACCCAAGAUCGUCAGUACCAUCAGAAGUAGUCUCGCUUAG